AGGCUGGGGGGGAUUUGGGAUGGAUGGAUUCAUGGCGUUACUGUGGAGGCCCUGGUGUUGAUUCCCAGUCUGGUCCUGGGAUGCCUGUGCUCCAGGGUCGUGCAGGGCUGUGCCAUGGCCAGAGUUGCCUGCUCUGUCUGAUGGAGGCAGGUCUCUGAAGAGCCCCGGGCACUGGGGUUUUGGGCAUGUGGCUUUGGUGCUGCCAUGUUUUAGGAAAUGCCUAUUUAGUGAAACGCCUGCUCUCCCUCUGGUGAAGCUUUCCUAUUUCCAGAAGAGGAUUUCAAAGUACACACAGAGACUGGGAGCAUUUUCUCCUACAUGGGUUCAAGCUUGUGCGGGCUGCGGUACCUACAUGAAAUGUGGGUGAGCCACAUCAGAUACACAUCCCCCACAGUUUGUCCAGUAUCUCCCCGUCCUGCUCCAGGGGGAGGACAGCUCACUGUCUGCUCCCUGACGCUUUGGGAAGGAGAUGUGCUUUCCCAGGGCUCCGUCCUUGGUGCCCUUAUCUUCCCCGCCUGCGUUAUCUCUGCCUAAGCCCAUCUGCAAACAGGAAUUCACGUUCUGUCUCGUGCCAGUGACACGCCUGUGCUGCUGCACCGCUUCUGGCGGAGGCUGCGUGUCCGACGACUGCUCAGGUGAGGGCUGCAGCCCCUGCCCUUGCCUGGCAUCUUGCUUUUCCUGGCUGCCCUACAGCACUGGGCUGCGUGACACUGUGGAGUGUGGUGCAAAGGCCUUUCUGAAAUUAUCCAGCAUUACCUGAACAUCCCUGGAGCUGUCUGGCAGACUGGAAAGGAUGCGGAGUUGGGAAUUUGAAGGAAGAAGAGCAACAGAGCUGCUUUUGUCCUGGAUUUGCUUUUCCCUCGAGGAGGAUGACCUGAACUUAACGUCACUGGAUGCAGAAACCAUCUUGGAAGCUGAAGAGAUCCUGGGGACGAUGCAGAACUAUCUCGACUCCUCUGUGAUCUCCAUCAUCGAAGACCUCUCUCUGAGCGAGCAGAGCAAGGCCUGCCUGGAUGCGCAGAACGAGCUGUCCCUGCUGACAGCCAUCACCGAGAUCCUGGACAGCACAGACGAUGAGACCCUGUCCCCCUUUGACACCAUCAUGGACGCAGAGUUGCUGACCUCGCCUCGGGAGCGGGAGAAUCCCUCGUUUCAGAAGUUUCUCAGCUUAUCCCGUCCAUCGCUGGAGUGUGAGAGCCCUGCCCUGGAGCAACCCAAGGCUCUCAGGUCUCUCAGCAGUGGCAGCAGCGUCUCUGUGGUUGGGAAGACCGACACAGACGUGGCUUGGGACCGUGUCACUCAUGGCCUCGAGGACCCGGUGCUGACAAAAAAGCAAGUCUGCAGCACCCCAAGGGUGGAGAGGAAGGUGGGCUGGCACCGGGCCCGAGAGCAACCCUUGCCACAGCGCAGCGAUGGGGAGGAAGAGGAGGAGGAGGCGGCUGCCUUGAGCCCGGAGCUAGACAGCAGCAUGGAGGCUGGGGAGUUUUGUGUGAGUGGGGCUGGGGUGGCACUGGAGGAGCGUGAAGACCCCUGCAUCAUUAACACGGGGGAUGUGUCCCUGAGCGAGCUGGUGAAGUCCAUGCACCCUUACUGCCUGCCCACCUUCACUGUGUGCCUGGACCCUGAGACUGAGCCUGUGGCCAAGGAGCUCCUCAGCGGUCCUGUCUUGCUGGAAAUUGUGCCUGGCGAGGGGGAGAGUGUGGAGAUUCCCGUGGUCCUGCAGCCCUUGGCUCCCAGCUUCCCCAACCUGGAGCCUCAGCUCCUGGGAGCAGAGGAGGGUACGGGGGAGUCAAUCCCAGAGGAUCAAGAGGAGCUGCCAGGAGCUCCAGCCCAGGAAAACAGGGUGGAGGAGGAGAAGGAGGAGAAACUGCCUGGGAAGGAGCCCUCCUGCACUACCCCAGAGAGCACGUCCCCACCGGAGGCAGCAGCACCCAGAGCCUGGAGCCCCAACAGCAGCUCCCGGCACAGCACAGAGGCCCCAGUGGGUGGCAAACGUGAGGGCUCCAAGAAGGGACGUGGCCGUGAGAGAGCAAGGAAGAGUCGGAAAAAGAAAGCUGAGGAGGACCAAAGUGAGCAGCCCAGGCCAGGCAGGGACAGCGUGGCCCACCGGCUCCGCUCAGCCGGCUCUGGGCAGCCACUGAGCCAGCCUGCUGGAAGCCGGCGGCGGGCAGCGUGUCCCUCCGUCCAGGUCUCGGACUUCCUGGCGCGGCAGCUGGAGCGAGCCCAGAAGGAGGGGCAGAUGGAGCUGCGUGCGGAGCAGGCACCACGGCCCCGGGGCAGGCCCCGGAGCACGGUGAGGGCCUCCCUGCUUGAGAAAGCACAGCAGGAGCUACAAAAGGAGCCGGUUAUAGAAACAGUGAGCAUGGCCCUGGAGAAGGCUGAGACUGUGGUGCCUCUGGAGAAGACCACACCAAGUGCGGAGGAGCAGCCAGCAGCUGUAUGUCCCGGCCCUGCAGACCAGGCUGAGGGCAGGGGAGAUGCACACCCGGCUGCCGGACAGGGUGGCAGAGUCUCAGAGGCUGCCUCUCCACUCCCAGAGCGAGACAUGGGGCUGGAGCCUUCCCCGAGCCUGCUGGUGACAGAACCGAGUGAGGGCCUGCCCAGGGAAGCCAAACCCAAGGCCUUGAGCCUGCGGGAAUACCGCAUCCGCAUGCUGCACCGCCAGCCCAGCCAGGGCAGCAGGAAGGAUGGCGAGAAGCAAGUGGCCAGCAAGUGGCCCAGUGUCCCUGAGCCUCCAACGGAGCUGGCAGAGAUCCUCUGCCUGGUGUCGCCUGUGCGCCCAGCCGCAGAGGCAGCCAGCACGCAGAAGAGCCCGGAGAAACCCAGCAGCCCUGCUGCUGUCCCUUCUGCCAGCAAAGCUCCUGCCGCUCUGGCUUCGGCUCUGGCACCCACCACGGCUCCACCACCCCCAUCAACACCAAUGCCUUUUGUUGCACCAAACGUGCCCCCAGCUGCUGGGGUGGCCCCCGCCAGGAUGUCGCCAGCUUCUGCCAGUGCUUACACCCUUUACCCACCAGUGCCUUCCUGGCCCUGCUUCAGCCCGCAGCCCGUGGGCUGCCAUGGUUUGCCCCCGCCGCCCAGUGCCAGCUCCUCCAGUACUUUUCACAUGGUGCCUGGCCUCCCGCCUCCAGCCAUGGCCUGGCCCCAGCCGGCCGUGCCACCCCCACCUCCAUUUGGCCCCGGUGGCCCCUAUGCCCCGGUGGGGUGGCCACCACCAUCGUACUGGCCAGGAAUCCCCAUGCCACCUCCGGUGCCUCCCCUGGCAUACGGGGACCCUGGAGCGGCGCUGCAGGGCCACCCCAGCACGGCCCUCCUGCACGGGCAGGCUCCCACCACCCCUGCGCUCGCCUGCCCGGAGCCACCAGCCUUCCCUGCGCAACCGCCCACCGCCCCAGCCAGCGAGACAGGGGCUGCAGGUGGCCCGGCCAGGCCAGUGACCAGCAGGGUGUCAGACCCCAGGAGGCAGGCACGGCUGGCAGGGGAGAGCUCUCACCCCAAGGCCCCUCCGGCCCCAACCCCUGCCCAGCCCCUGGCAGCCCCAUCAGCUGCCACUGCCCAGCCCAGCAAGGUCCCUCCUGCAGCGCCAGCCCAGCACAUGGCAGCCCCCCAGGCUGCCCCCUCCCAGCCUUUGGAGGAGCCCCAGGCUGUGACCCCCACCCAUCUCCCAAAGGCCCCCCCAGCUGCCAUCUCUUACACUGCGGAGGUGUCCCCUGCCGCUGGCCCAGCUGUGGAGUCCCCUGGCACCCACCUGAUGGAGGAGGCUGCAGGGCCAGGCAAGGGGGCAGUGGAGAAAGCCCUGCCGGAGCCCAUAGCAGCUGCUGGGCAGGAGCUACCCAGCCAAAAAUCCACCUCCCAGGCUGUGGCACCACCACCGAAAGCGGGUCAAGAGAGCAGCCUGCCCUGCAAGGCACCUGCUGCGCGGCCGUGGAGGCACCAGCCGCUCCUCAGCGCAGUGCAGCCCAGUGAUAGGAGCAAGGACAUCGUACAAGCCUUCAUCAGCGAGAUCGGGAUCGAAGCCACCGACCUGUCCAGCCUGCUGGAGCAGUUUGAGAAGUCUGAAGCCAAGAAGGAGGUGGCUCCUGUGCAGUCCCCUGAGGACAGACGACCGGCGGGGAGCUUUGGGCCUGAGACCCAGCAGGACAGGAAGCCCCCAGAUGGCCUGCAGGCCUCUGAGCUGGCCAAUGUGGCAGGCCUUACCCCCCCAGCGACACCCCCCCACCAGCUUUGGAAGCCAUUGCCUGCUGUCUCGCUGCUGGCCAAGGCCCAGUCACCUGGGUCUGCACCCCAGGAAGGGCCCCAGAAGACAGCUAAGCUGAUGAAAGUCAAACCGCUGCCCCCAAGUAAGCUCCAGGGGAAGAGCCUGGUGCCAGCCCCCACCGGCUCAGCCCCCAGCCACGUCUGCUUGGGAGACCACGACUACUGCAUCCCAGGCGCAGCGCAGCCGGAGGGUAACGGCAGCCCAGGCACACAGCCCCCAGCUGAGGGCGGCUCCCGCUGGAACGUCAAACGCCACCGGGACAUCACUAUCAAACCCAUCUCCUCCUUAACCAAACGGACGCUGGACCAGCCCAAGCCCACCUUGCCAGCCCCCACCACCACCGUGGGGCCCAGCCAGGAGCCUCUGGGGACAGCCUGCCUUGCCCCACUGGAUUAUCGGACUAGCGUCCCCGACAAGGCCACCGCCGGGUGCAGCAGCCCUCCCACGUCGGUGCUCCUGUCUCCAGCUGCAUCCCCCUGCCGGGACCAGGAGCUGCGGACUCCCAGUGCCCAGCCCAGCCAUGCUGCUGCCAAGAGAUCUCUGCGCUGCUACCGGAGACCCCGGGACUCGCCCAGCCCCUCUGCCAGCAGCUGGAGGGCUGGCCGGAGCCGUGCAAGCCGCUCUUUCAGCUCCAGUUCGGAUGGAGCUAGCGAGUCCUCAUCUUCAUCUUCAUCUUCAUCCUCGUCCUCCCGAUCCCGGUCACGGUCGUUCUCCCCACCACCCAAGCGGUGGCGAAGGUACCGCUCAAGAUGUUCCCACAGCUCCUCCUCCCAUUCCAGCUGUGGGUCAUGUGGCAGGUCCCGGGACAGGUCCUCAUCCUCGUCAUCAGUGUCCUCCUACUCGUCCAGGUCCACAUCCCGCAGCCAGUCCCGCUCCCCCUCACCAUGCAGGAGGAGUAACAGGCGGAGAAGAUACAGUUAUGAUGCACAGGACCACUACCAAAGGCAGAGGAUCCUCCAGAAGGAACGUGCAAUAGAGGAGCGGCGAGUUGUGUUUAUUGGCAAGAUCCCCAGUAGGAUGACACGAUCAGAGCUGCGGCACCGCUUCUCUGUGUUCGGGGACAUCGAGGAGUGCACCCUGCAUUUCCGCUCUGAGGGGGACAACUAUGGCUUUGUCACCUACCGCUAUGCCGAGGAAGCCUUUGCCGCCAUCGAGAGUGGGCACAAGCUGCGGCGCCCGGACGAGCAGCCCUUUGACCUGUGCUUCGGUGGCCGCCGGCAGUUCUGUAGGAGGAACUAUGCUGACUUGGACUCAAACCGGGAGGAUUUCGACCCAGCCCCUGUCAAGAGCAAGUUUGACUCCCUGGACUUCGACACGCUGCUGCGGCAGGCACAGCGCAGCCUGCGGAGGUAGCGGCAGGCGAGGCGGAGCGCCCGCCCCCACUUUUAUAUUCAAAUACAAAAGACAAAAAAAGUAUGGAAAGUAUGGAGAGAGAGAGAGAGAGAGAGAUGGGGUUUUUAAGAAAAAGAAAAAGGAAAAAAAGAAAUUUGUUUUAUAACCAAUAUUUAAGGAGGACGGGUCAUUUGCCUUCGACCAGAGGGGCCCAGGCCAGUGGCAGCCCCAGGCUUGCCCCAGCCAUGUAAUAAAUGUGGAUGCCCAAACA